GUGACAGUAAGAGCAUGCGUAGUGUAUAUGAAACAACAUGGCGGCGGAAACCUGUAUUGCGUUUCUGCUCGCAGAAGAAUUGGACGCAGAUGAUAAUGUUCCUUUCGUAGCCGAUGCGCUGCGACACCUUCAAGAAGUGAGGAAUAAAGCCGAAAGGAACUACAUAAAUACUGUGGUGCCUAAAUACAGUAUUAGCGAGUUUCAGACACACUUCCAGUUAACACCAACUCAGGUGGAGGAGCUGAUUAUGUCGCUGGAGCCGUUGAACUGGAACUUCAUGAGGAGAAAAUGGCCGCUGAGGAACAUCAUUCUGUCCAGCCUCUGGACCCUGACCACCCUAGAGUCGUACCGAGACGUCGCGGAGAGGUUCCAGACGAGCAAGUCCGUCAUCUGCGACCACCUGCACGAGUUCUGCGCGCUCAUCGCGGAGCACUUCUCCGACAAGAUCAGCUGGCCGAGGGGGCCGGAGGCCGAGGCGUCCGCGGCCGGGUUCUCGCUGGCGGGGUUGCCGGGCACGCUGUGCGCAGUGGGGUCCUGCCACAUCCCCAUCGACAAACCCCAGGGGGUCCCGGUGCCCGAGGCCUACCUCAACGGCAAGAUGUUCUACUCCAUCAACCUCAUGGGCUUCUGCGACCACGCCGGGCGGUUCGUCCACGUCAGCGCCGAGCACCCGGGCGGGUGGCACAACUCCCAGGUCUUCGAGACGACGGAGGUGGGCAAGGCGCUGGAGGAGGACCCGCACGCACUUCUUCGGGGCCAUCACCUGGUGGGCGACGCCACCUUCCCCCUCUCCGAGCACCUGCUCACGCCCUUCCCCGACUACGGCAACCUCGUCCUGAGGAAGGGGCGCUACAACUGGCGGGUGCUGUCGGCGCUCAAGGUGAUCCAGAGCUCCUUCCGCGUGCUCCACUCCCGGUUCCGCCGGCUGAAGUCGCUCCAGAUGCACUCCAUCGCCAAGACCAGCGCCGCCGUGCGGGCGUGCUGCAUCCUGCACAACGUGUGCCUGGAGAACAACAAUCCCGUGCAGCUGGACGACACGGACUGCGACACCGUCUCCCAGGAGCCCUUUCACUCGCUGCCGAACGGGCAUUCCGGAAGCUUGGGCGGCAUAUCCAAAAGACAGGACAUAGCCGCCUCGCUCUCGAAAAAGAGACCCCAGGACAUAAUGUGAUUUUGGCCAUUUUGUUUUUUGUUUUGUUUUGUUUUAUCUCCCUUUAAAUAAAUUGCCCUUUCCCCGUG